ACAAAAACCGUCAACGACUAAAACGAGUUUCUCCCAUUAAAACAAAGCCCUUCGGCAUCUAAGCCAAAGAGAGAGUUUUACAGCGUCCGUACAUUCUAAUUUCUAGGGUUUCUUUGAGAUUGCUGGUUCACGAUGUACCGAACCUCGGCUUCUGGCCUCCGGGCUCUCAAGAGUCGCACAUGCCGCCGAGUACCUGCAAGGCUUUCGAGUUCAAUUGCUGCUGCUACAACUUCUUCUUCAGGUGGCCUCCUUAGUUGGUUCACUGGAGGUCAGUCCAAGUCCAUACCGCCACUAGAUUUUCCUCUGCCAGGUGUUGCUCUACCAUCUUCAUUGCCUGACCAUGUUGAACCUGGUAAAACUAAGAUUACAACUCUCCCAAAUGGCCUUAAAAUUGCUUCAGAAACCUCUGCGAAUCCUGCUGCAUCAAUAGGAUUAUAUGUUGACUGCGGUUCAAUUUACGAGUCACCUGCCUCAUUUGGGAUCUCCCACCUGCUUGAGCGUAUGGCCUUCAAGAGCACGACAAACCGAAGCCAUUUGCGGAUUGUCCGGGAAGUAGAGGCAAUUGGUGGCAAUGUGCAAGCUGCAGUUUCUCGGGAGCAGAUUGGAUAUACCUUUGAUGCUUUGAAGACUUAUGUUCCUGAAAUGGUAGAGCUGCUUAUUGACUGUGUGAGAAACCCAGCUUUCUUGGAUUGGGAGGUGAAUGAACAGCUUCAAAAAAUGAAAGAGGAAAUUGCUGAAGCUGCAAAGAAUCAUCAUGGCAUGCUUUUGGAGGCCAUUCACUCGGCUGGUUAUUCUGGUGCUUUGGCAAAUCCUCUUUUAGCCUCCGAGUCUGCAGUAAAUGCAUUGACUAGUACAGUUUUAGAGGAUUUUGUUCUGGAAAACUUCACUGCUUCUCGAAUGGUGCUGGCAGCAUCUGGUGUUGAACAUGAGGAACUGUUAUCUGUUGCUGAACCACUUCUAUCAGACCUUUCCAAUAUUCCUCGUCCUCAAGAGCCAAAAUCUGUGUACACUGGAGGUGAUUAUCGCUGUCAGGCUGAUUUAGGGGAUCAAACUCACUUUGCCCUUGCAUUUGAACUACCUGGUGGCUGGCACAAGGAGAAGGAAGCUAUAAUUUUGACUGUUCUUCAGAUUCUGAUGGGAGGGGGUGGAUCAUUUUCAGCAGGUGGCCCCGGGAAAGGAAUGUAUUCAAGACUAUAUGUCCGUGUCUUGAAUGAGUAUCCACAAGUUCAGUCAUUUUCAGCAUUCAACAGCAUUUAUAAUCAUACUGGCAUAUUUGGAAUACAAGCCACCACUGGUUCUGAUUUUGCACCAACUGCCGUUGAUGUAGCUGUCAAGGAGCUUAUUGCUGUCGCAACACCUGGACAAGUUGACCAAAUACAAUUAGACCGUGCUAAACAGUCAACCAAGUCUGCAAUUUUGAUGAAUUUGGAGUCUAGAAUGGUUGCUUCAGAAGAUAUUGGGAAACAAGUUUUGACAUAUGGUGAGAGGAAACCUGUGGAGCAUUUCCUGAAGGCUGUUGAUGAAAUUACACCGAAGGAUAUUUCUUCAGUAGCCCAAAAGCUUCUAUCAUCUCCUCUCACAAUGGCAUCAUAUGGAAACGUCAUUAGUGUCCCCAGCUACGAUUCAGUUGGCCGCAAGUUCAACUGAUGAUAUUGCUUUCUAGGAUCAAUUUUGAAGAGUAAUCCGACCUGUUUUACACUGUUAUGCAUCUGUAUACCUGAUUUGUUUUCCAACGAGAUGCACCCUUUUUUAGCAAUAAAAUUGUCUCAUCACCAUCAAACAAUCGGUUAUUGAAAUAGCUUCUUCUGACGAUGGGAUGCUGGGAUCUUUUCAUGCUUAACUCCAUGAUUUUGGUUAUGCUUGGGG